AUGAGCAACGACAGGGAAACCAUCAACAUGAAUGAUAUCACUGCUGCUCUCAAUGAAGAGGAACGAGAGGAGCUAGUCAAUGCUCUCAAGGGCAAGAUAAUUAGUCUGGGUGGUGGGCAGCACUAUGAGAUUCUUGAGAAUCUAUCCCCUAAUGUCAGGAACCGCGUUGAGGCUCUCAGGGAGAUUCAGGCUAAGCAUGAUGAAAUUGAAGCAAAAUUUUUUGAGGAGAGAACAGCUCUUGAAGCCAAAUACCAAAAUAUGUAUCAACCAUUGUACACAAAGCGCUAUGAAAUAGUAAAUGGGGUUGCUGAAGUGGAAGGGGUAGUAAAUGAACAGACAGCUGAUACUGAAGAAGGUGAAGAGAAAGGAGUGCCUUCGUUUUGGCUCAAUGCAAUGAAAAACAAUGACGUAUUAGCUGGAGAGAUUUCGGAGCGUGAUGAAGAUGCUCUCAAUUUUCUUAAAGAUAUCAAGUGGAGCAGGGUAGAAAACCCUAAAGGAUUCAAGCUUGAGUUCUUCUUUGAUCCCAAUCCUUACUUUUCAAAUUCUGUCUUGACAAAAACAUAUCAGAUGGUUGACGAGGAUGAACCUAUCUUGGAGAAAGCAAUUGGGAUGGAAAUUCAGUGGCACCCGGGAAAAUGCUUGACCCAGAAGGUUUUGAAGAAAAAGCCUAAGAAGGGUUCAAAGAAUGCCAAACCAAUUACCAAAACUGAAAAAUGUGAAAGUUUCUUCAAUUUUUUCAAUCCACCAGAAGUCCCUGAUGAUGAGGUCAUCAUUGAUGAUGAUUUGGCUGAGGAACUUCAGAAUCAGAUGGAACAAGACUAUGAUAUUGGGACUGCAAUAAGAGACAAGAUUAUCCCCCACGCUGUAUCAUGGUUUACUGGGGAGGCCAUUGACGGAGAGGGGUUUGAAGGCCUCACGCUUGAUGCUGGAGAUGAAGACAUCGAGGUGGAUGAUGAUGAUGAAGAGGAAGACGAAGAGGAUGAUGAAGAUGAGGAUGCUGAAGAUGAGAGUAAGACUAAAAUUAAGUCAUCAGCCAGUAAGAAGAGUGGAAACGCACAGGCCGGUGGUGUUCAGCAACAGGGUGAGCGUCCUGCAGAGUGCAAGCAGCAAUAGAUAUUUAUUUCUUCAGAGAGCUAUGCAGCUUAUAGUUGUUUUUUGGGGUUCCUAAGGUGCC